GAAGUAUGUCAGGUUUAUUUGUCUUGAUUAUUAUUUUUUGCUUCCUUAGGCCCAGCCAUGACUACGGUAGCAGUACAUGUGGACUCUAAAGCUGAGCUCACUACCCUGCUGGAGCAGUGGGAAAAGGAACAUGGCAGUGGGCAGGACAUGGUACCUAUUCUUACCAGGAUGUCUGAAUUGAUUGAAAAAGAAACUGAAGAAUAUCGUAAGGGGGAUCCAGACCCAUUUGAUGAUCGACAUCCUGGUCGAGCUGAUCCAGAGUGUAUGCUGGGCCAUCUGCUGAGAAUACUCUUCAAGAAUGAUGAUUUCAUGAAUGCGCUGGUGAAUGCAUAUGUGAUGACAAGCCGAGAGCCCCCUUUAAAUACUGCAGCUUGCAGACUUCUACUGGAUAUCAUGCCAGGGCUGGAAACUGCUGUUGUUUUUCAAGAAAAGGAAGGAAUUGUCGAAAAUCUUUUUAAAUGGGCCCGAGAGGCUGAUCAGCCAUUGAGGACGUAUUCUACUGGACUGUUAGGAGGCGCCAUGGAAAAUCAGGACAUUGCUGCCAACUAUAGGGAUGAAAAUUCACAGCUGGUAGCAAUUGUGCUUCGAAGACUUCGGGAGCUACAGCUUCAGGAAAUGGCUUUGCGGCAAGAAAGCAAGCGUCCCAGCCCCCGAAAGCUCUCCUCUGAACCCCUUUUGCCUCUGGAUGAAGAAGCGGUGGAUAUGGACUAUGGUGACAUGGCCGUAGAUGUAGUGGAUGGUGAACAAGAGGAAGCCUCUGGAGACAUGGAGAUCUCCUUUCAUCUUGAUUCAGGCCACAAGACCAGUAGCAGAAUGAACUCAGCAACAAAACCUGAGGAAGGAGGACUGAGGAAAAACAAGUCAGCGAAGCAGGGUGACAGAGAGAGCUUUCGGAAAGCCAAGCAGAAGUUGGGUUUCUCAUCAUCGGAACCAGAUCGCAUGUUUGUUGAGCUGUCUAAUAGCAGCUGGUCAGAAAUGUCCCCGUGGGUGAUUGGCACCAAUUACACCCUUUAUCCUAUGACUCCUGCUAUUGAACAGCGACUUAUUCUCCAGUAUUUGACUCCUCUAGGAGAAUACCAGGAGUUACUCCCCAUAUUCAUGCAGCUUGGGUCCCGGGAGUUGAUGAUGUUCUAUAUUGACCUGAAGCAGACUAACGACGUUCUGCUGACGUUUGAGGCACUCAAGCACCUAGCAUCUCUCCUGCUCCAUAACAAGUUUGCCACAGAAUUUGUUGCACAUGGUGGAGUACAGAAAUUACUGGAAAUUCCUCGCCCCUCUAUGGCUGCAACUGGUGUAUCCAUGUGCUUGUAUUACCUGUCCUACAACCAGGAUGCCAUGGAAAGAGUUUGCAUGCAUCCCCACAAUGUUCUGUCUGAUGUGGUGAACUAUACCCUGUGGUUAAUGGAAUGUUCUCAUGCCUCAGGAUGCUGCCAUGCUACCAUGUUUUUCUCAAUCUGUUUCUCCUUCCGGGCCGUGUUGGAGCUCUUUGACCGCUAUGACGGUCUUCGUCGACUGGUGAACUUGAUCAGUACUUUGGAGAUUCUAAAUUUGGAAGAUCAGGGUGCACUUCUGAGUGAUGAUGAAAUAUUUGCUAGCCGCCAAACUGGGAAACAUACCUGCAUGGCCUUGCGCAAGUACUUUGAGGCUCACCUGGCCAUUAAAUUGGAACAAGUGAAGCAGUCACUUCAGAGGACUGAGGGUGGCAUUCUUGUGCAUCCGCAGCCCCCGUACAAGGCGUGUUCGUAUACUCAUGAACAGAUUGUGGAAAUGAUGGAGUUUUUGAUAGAAUAUGGCCCAGCGCAGCUCUACUGGGAACCUGCUGAAGUCUUCCUCAAACUUUCUUGUGUCCAGCUCUUGUUGCAGCUUAUCUCUAUUGCCUGCAAUUGGAAGACCUAUUAUGCCAGGAAUGACACUGUGCGCUUUGCUUUGGAUGUCCUGGCUAUUCUUACUGUUGUGCCAAAAAUCCAGCUCCAAUUGGCAGAAUCAGUGGAUGUGCUAGAUGAGGCUGGCUCCACCGUCUCUACUGUAGGUAUCAGCAUUAUUUUGGGAGUGGCUGAGGGUGAGUUCUUUAUCCAUGAUGCUGAGAUUCAGAAGUCAGCACUUCAAAUUAUUAUCAACUGUGUGUGUGGCCCGGAUAACCGAAUUUCCAGUAUUGGCAAGUUUAUCUCUGGAACUCCUCGGAGGAAGCUGCCUCAGACUCCCAAAAGUAGCGAGCACACCCUGGCCAAGAUGUGGAAUGUGGUCCAGUCCAACAAUGGCAUCAAGGUGCUUUUGUCCUUGCUGUCCAUCAAGAUGCCCAUCACAGAUGCAGACCAGAUCCGGGCCCUGGCCUGCAAGGCCCUGGUGGGCCUGUCUCGAAGUAGCACUGUCCGGCAGAUCAUCAGCAAGCUGCCCCUUUUCAGCAGCUGCCAGAUCCAGCAGCUGAUGAAGGAACCUGUGCUGCAGGACAAGCGCAGUGACCACGUCAAGUUCUGCAAGUAUGCCGCUGAGCUCAUCGAGCGGGUGUCGGGGAAGCCCCUUCUCAUAGGCACCGAUGUGUCCCUGGCACGACUGCAGAAGGCAGAUGUUGUUGCGCAGUCAAGGAUCUCCUUCCCGGAGAAAGAGCUGCUUCUGUUGAUACGAAACCAUCUCAUUUCUAAAGGACUUGGGGAGACAGCCACUGUGCUGACAAAAGAGGCUGACCUGCCCAUGACUGCUGCCUCCCACUCUUCUGCCUUCACCCCAGUCGCUGCUGCUGCUUCUCCUGUCUCUCUCCCCCGGACCCCUCGCAUCGCCAACGGCAUUGCAACUCGACUGGGCAGCCAUGUGGCUGUGGGUGCCACUGCCCCUCCUGCCCCCACUGCCCAUCCUCAGCCACGGCCCCCCCAGGGCUCACUAGCUCUGCCCGGCCCGUCUUACGCGGGCAACUCCCCUUUGAUUGGUCGGAUCAGCUUUAUCAGAGAGAGACCAUCACCCUGCAAUGGCAGGAAAAUCCGAGUGUUGCGGCAAAAGUCGGACCAUGGCGCCUACAGCCAAAGCCCAGCCAUAAAAAAGCAGUUGGACAGGCAUCUUCCUUCCCCACCUACGCUGGACAGUAUCAUCACAGAAUAUCUGAGAGAGCAGCAUGCGCGCUGCAAGAACCCAGUUGCCACCUGCCCACCUUUCUCCCUCUUUACUCCUCACCAGUGUCCUGAGCCAAAACAGAGGCGGCAGGCGCCCAUAAACUUUACCUCAAGGCUGAACCGCAGAGCAUCGUUUCCAAAGUAUGGCGGGGUGGAUGGCGGGUGCUUCGAUAGGCACCUUAUCUUUAGCAGGUUCCGUCCUAUCUCAGUGUUCCGGGAAGCCAAUGAGGAUGAGAGUGGCUUUACCUGCUGUGCAUUCUCAGCCCGGGAGCGGUUCCUGAUGCUUGGCACCUGCACUGGGCAGUUGAAGCUCUACAAUGUGUUUAGUGGACAGGAGGAGGCCAGCUAUAACUGUCACAACUCGGCCAUCACACACCUUGAACCUUCCAGGGACGGGUCCUUGCUGCUGACAUCUGCUACUUGGAGCCAGCCUCUGUCUGCACUUUGGGGAAUGAAAUCAGUGUUUGAUAUGAAGCAUUCCUUCACAGAAGAUCACUACGUGGAGUUCAGUAAGCACUCCCAGGACCGCGUCAUCGGCACAAAAGGAGACAUCGCCCACAUUUAUGAUAUUCAGACUGGCAACAAGCUGUUGACUCUGUUUAACCCAGAUCUUGCCAACAACUACAAGAGGAACUGUGCCACCUUUAAUCCUACAGAUGAUCUGGUCUUAAAUGAUGGCGUCCUCUGGGAUGUCCGCUCUGCGCAGGCCAUCCACAAGUUCGACAAGUUCAACAUGAACAUCAGUGGUGUUUUCCAUCCGAAUGGGCUGGAGGUCAUCAUUAAUACUGAGAUUUGGGACCUUCGCACUUUCCAUCUUUUACAUACAGUUCCUGCUCUGGAUCAGUGCCGAGUAGUGUUCAACCACACGGGGACAGUGAUGUAUGGAGCUAUGCUGCAGGCAGAUGAUGAAGAUGACUUAAUGGAAGAGAGGAUGAAAAGCCCUUUUGGAUCAUCCUUCCGAACAUUUAACGCAACUGACUACAAACCUAUAGCGACCAUCGAUGUGAAGCGGAACAUCUUCGACCUGUGCACAGACACCAAGGACUGCUACCUGGCUGUCAUCGAGAACCAAAGCAGCAUGGAUGCUCUCAACAUGGACACAGUGUGCAGGCUGUACGAAGUGGGCAGGCAGCGCCUGGCAGAGGACGAGGACGAGGAGGAGGACCAGGAGGAGGAGGAGCAGGAGGAGGAAGAUGACGAUGAAGAUGAUGAUGACACUGAUGAUCUCGAUGACCUUGACACUGACCAAUUGCUGGAGGCGGAGUUGGAGGAGGAUGACAACAACGAGAACGCAGGGGAGGAUGGGGACAAUGACUUCUCUCCCUCUGACGAGGAGCUGGCCAACCUUCUGGAGGAGGGAGAGGACGGGGAGGAUGAAGACUCUGAUGCAGACGAGGAAGUGGAACUGAUCCUGGGGGACACCGACAGCUCUGACAACUCUGACCUGGAAGAUGACAUCAUCUUAUCUCUGAAUGAGUGAGGAGCGUCACCACGGGGAAGAUUCUUGGCAGGCGAGAACCUGAGUCAAAUGAAUUCACACCUUCCCUCCCUUCCCCCCAGGCUAUGCCCUUAAGGAACUGCAUGGCCUGCACUCGGAGGACUUGGCUUGGAGAGUCCCUGGGCCCCGAGGACCCUUCCAGAGCGAACAGCCACCAAGACCCCAGGGGUCAGGCCUAGUCUGUCCCCUUCUCCUAGGAUGGACACACCUUUCCUCUAGGGAAAAACCUGUUUCUGGGGUCAUUUCACAAUAUAUUUUCUUUGUAUAAUGUUCUUUACUUAAAGAACAAGAAAUAGUUUUUUAUAAAACUUAAAAAGAAAAAAAAAAAGCCAAGCAUUUAUAAUUGAGGGUAUGAACUUAUAUCCACCAGGUCCUUGUCCCAUUGCAUUUUCUGCGGAAGAAAAUGACGUCUAAAGAACAAUGCGGAGGCAUUUUUACACACGUAUUUAAGUGAAAGGAAAAUCGUGGUUUCUUAAAUUGAUAAGGAUGAAGACUAUUUUAUUAUAAAUAUAAUAUAUGAUUUUUAACCUGUUUUGUUGCCUCACAAGCUGUCAGGCUGACUUGCUCUCCUCUGGGCCAGGGGUGGGAGGAAGGCUGACUCACCGGCUCUGGGCUGGGCAGCAGGCGGUGUGGAUGCUGGUUCGUGGAGUUGAGGGAACUUAGGAUAUGAGUUCACUCCCUCUAGUUUUCUUUGUCCUUCAGUUUUUCAAAAUCUUUUUUUCCUCUUUCCUUUCUCCCCAAUGUGGAAAUUACAAAUCAAAGGCCUUUUUCUUUAAUGUAAAGUGUAUUUAUUUAAAAAAAUACAAAAUAAACUACAAGCCUGUCUUUGCUUAUGGCCUUUCCCUGUCCUUUUACCAAAGUGGGGUCUGUCCCUUUCCUUGCAGCUCUAGCCGUGCAGGAGAGAAGACGCCUUCCGAGAGGCAGUCGGCACGGUGGUAAGGACACUCUGCCCGAAAAGCUCUCUGGGGAGACAAGGGGCUCAGUCCCAGGCCUGCCCCGGCCUGGCCUGCACUCCCCAGAGACGUCUCCGUAAGAGCACCUUGCACGGGGCUGUGGGAGGUGUCAGGACCCUGCCCACGUGGGCACCUGUCUGCCCGGCUCUGAACCAGGAAGGCCGUUCUGGAGCACAGGUGGGGGCUGGAAAGUUAGGGUCCUGGGACGCUUGGGAGGGAGGAGCUGGCAGAGCUAAGGAGUGGCAGCACUUUGGCCAUAGCUCAGGGUGAUGCUGCUCCCUGGGAGGCAGUGUUGAGAGUGGGAGCAGCUGCAGCUUAGGGGCAGCGGGGGCUUGGCAGGCUGGGCUUGCAGCUACUUCACAGGCUCUUGCAAUCGGCCUUGGGUUGAACUGUGCUACCGCCAAGGACAUACCAGGUGCUUAACUUUACACUCCCCCCACACCCCCACUCCCACCUCCCCACCAUAAUAAGAGACCCUGAUGCCGUUCUUCCUUCAAGUUUGCCCAAGUAACAGCUUCUUGGUUUCUAUCAUGUAGGUACGUAGCUCAGAGAAGAGGGGACACAUUUGGUUGUGAAGUAAACAAGCAAGACAGACAGCUAAACUCACCAGGGGCUGGUGAAGCCCUGCUGGGCUCGGAGCACCACACAAGCUGUCACACACCGAAGCGCCUGUGUCGCUCAGGUACCUCUUGGUCCUCUAGAGAGCAGAGGUCUCGGCUCCUAAGUUGCGUCAUGCCUCAGCUUAAAUAGGUCGCUAACACUAACCAGUAGAAUAGUUUGCUGGUGCUGAAUGGAUUAGAAGAAAACGGGUUAAAGUAAAGAAAUAGCAAAAGCACUAUAUUCUUCUAGUCAUUAUCGGAGCCACCGUUUCCCUGAACUGGCAGGAGCUCUUGGGAGCACCCGGGCUCUCCGCCGAAUUCUGGUUGCCUUGACAACACACCCUCAGGGGAGCGCCCCGAGAGGCCUCGGAGGCAUCAGCCCGCAUCCCCUUGCCACCAGGGCGCAGGCUGAGCCACUUAGGAGGAAACCGGGGGCAAGUGUUGCCUCCUGUUGGUUUUGCCUUUAAGCAGCACCUGAGAGAGGACCGGGGAGGCGCUGGCGCCUGCAGUUGCCUUUCCUCUCGGGCCUGGCCCACCUGAGCCGCCUCACUGGUUCCUGCUGCCGGCCCUCUGACAGGUCACGGCACCUGUUGUGUCUUAAGAGUUGAAGGAAGUGUUGAGAAGAGGGUCUGAGGAGCAGGAGGGAGGUCACACAACAGGCUGUGACUCAUCACCAAAACUCUAGUUCUUUUGGGGACCAGAGAACACGUAUGUAGCCCUGAAGGGGGACAAGGCGAGGCUGCAGUGUCUCCAGCCAGAUCUCCCAGGCGUCUGUCUGGGGAGGGCCGGAGGCGGUGUUCUGGGUCCUGAGCGCCCACUCGGCAGGCACCCCGCUGCUGCUCUGGCUGUGAGCGGCAUGUGUGAGACCUGCGGUGGGGCCAGCCCUGCCCUGCCCCUCCCCUCCCCUCGCUCCAGCACAACAGGCAAAUAAACAUGUUGCCCACUU